AUGGCUGCAGCCGCGCCUGACAUAAUACAGGAGGCCUUCGCCAAGGCGGCCCGUGAAUUUCAAAAAAGCCUCAAUAACGACAAGCUGUAUCGGGAGAUCGUGAAGACGCAAUCUGUUGAUGAUUUUUAUGAUGCAACCGACAAGCUUCAAGCAGAGCAGGCUAAGACGGGCCGCCUCAGGCACUUAUCAAAAAUCCGGCCCUAUCUUAACAGGCUUGAAGAUUUUUGCGAUGCAAUCAACAUCUUUCAUGUUAAGCCAGAGAUUACAGCCGUCUUGUGGGGACCAAUACGACUUCUCAUUCAACUGACCAGCACUCUAACGCAGUCUUUGGAUGCAAUCAUCAACAUAACUGGCGAGAUUGGCAGCCUAUUACCCGAGUUUAAAUUGAUGGCAACGUUGUUCUCCGAGAACCAAGUCAUCAAAGACGUUGCCGUUUUAUUCUUCCGCGAUAUACUCGACUUUUAUCUCAUCGCACUCAAAUUCUUUGGAAUGAAUCGCUGGCGUUACCUGUUUGAAUCAGUAUGGCCCAAACAACGAGAAAAGAUCAAGAUUGUGACGGGCUACAUCGAAAGGCACGCAUCACUCAUGCGUAGAGAAGUCCAAUAUGAACAACUUCGAGGCGAGCACAAAGCCCGGCAAGAAGCCAUCGAGCAUUUUGAACAGACUGAAAAGAUCGAAAGGCGGCAGGAAUUCGACAGGGCCAUGACGAGACUCAACCCUACCUUUUACUACCGUGAUUUCGACCGCAUCUGCGACUUAACAUAUGCGGGAACAGAUAAAUGGCUGCUCGAGCAUCCAUUAGCAUCUAAGUGGCUUGAUACAACAGAGCGUUCUUCUAACUUGCUCUGGCUAAGCGGAAUACCAGGCGCUGGCAAAACGUUUCUUGCCGGAGCUGCCAUAAAAGCCGGCCGCCACAGACACAAAACUGCGUUUGCCUUUCUGAGCCAUGCACACACGGCCACCACGUCUGCCCUAUCGGUCAUCCAUUCUAUCAUCAUCCAGUUUGCUGUAGAAGACGAAGACUUACAGUCCCUUGUCAGCCAGGCCUCAACAACUGAACUGAAAAUGAAUCUUGAUUCAGCUGCUAAACUUCUUCGAGAUUUGGUCCAAUAUAUCGGCCCGAAUUACAUUGUCGUCGAUGGCAUAGACGAAAUAGUUCAAAGAGAACAAACUCGAUUACUAAGAAAGCUGGUGGAUUUAUGCCAAGACUGCCAUGAGACACGGGUGCUUAUCUCAAGCCGAGGCGAGGAUCACAUCACUAAAGUCUUGGAGCCAAAGGCCUCUGUUAUUCGUGUGCACGAGCAAAACUCUGAAAGCAUUGGCAUUUUUGUCACUCAGUGGACCAAGCAAUGGCUUCAGAACCGCGAUUUCCUUCCUGAAUACCAGCAAGAAAUUGAGAGCUUGCUUGCACCUCUCUCCUCGAAAGCUGAAGGCAUGUUCCUGUACGUCCGGAUUAUGAUAAGUUGCAUUGAGCCACUGAGUGAAAUACAUGAGAUCCGUGACGAGCUACGAGUGCUACCUGAGAGUUUAGAAGAAGCCUAUGGAAGAAUAUUCCGGCGAAUCCAUAGUUAUCAGUCCCUUGCGGCCCAGGCAAAAUGUCGAGCCCUUCUCGGCUGGAUUUGCUGCUCUCCGAUGCCAAUGACACUUCGCGAGAUAGAACAGGCACUCCUAGUGUCUUCGAAUCCACAAGGCCCUUGCCGAGUGUCUUCGACUUUGAACAUUUUGGAAUUGUGUGGCCCUAUUGUAGAAGUCAUCGAUGGCUUCGUGAACGUGGUGCAUUUCACUGUGAAAGAAUACAUAACAAGUCCGUCAAUUGAAAACUUCAUCGACAUUACCGAAUCCAAACUUUCCCUGGUGCUAUUCUGCAUAAGAUAUCUCUGCCAAAGUCAUCACGACAUACCUAUGGAUGUGUCCGAUUUCCGUACCAGAUUCAUAGCUGGUGACUAUCGGCUCCAUUACUACGCCUCCACCAUGUGGCUUGACCUUGUGGUUGAUUAUCUUCAGCAAAAGGAGCCGGAAGGAGUGUCACCGGAACUCAUUGCGGCUCUCAAUACCCUAAUGGAAACAAGAAAAAACGACAAUUUUGAUGCUAGUAAUUUGUUGAAUGGUAGGUGGCACUCUCCACUACAGAAGUUACAGUCCAUCAACGAAAGGUUGUUUGACUUUGUGAGACAUUUCUCACAGUUGUCACACAAGCGCAGCUCACUUCAUCUGCAAUUGAGUGAAGCAAAGUCUUGGGUGGUCUAUGAUACAACUACAAUACAUUUUACGUCGGGCCUCUUGUAUAAAGAGAUUGAUGAGGUGAUGUGCAAUGAUAAAGGGCAUGUUGAGAACUGCCAUUGCACUAUUAUCAAUCGACAAUACGGCGAUCGGGUGUUCAAGUGUGACUAUCUUUCAUGUCCAGGUCGACGCAUUGGCUUUGGAUCUAGGGGUGUGAGGGCUUCACACCACGAAAGUCAUUCACCUGCUUGGAAAUGCGAUCGCCCGUCUUGCCAUUACUCAAAACUUGGGUUUCUUUCGAAGAGAAUGAGGGACGAUCACCAACACAGUCAUCUCGAGGAAGAUCCCACGGAAACGGCCUUGUUGCAACAGGAUACAGGACAGCAUCACGCUCCCUUAAGUGAGGUUGUACAUUUCAACCGAAUAUCCGAGAUGGAAAACAGACUGCGCGAAGCGCGACAUAAUUCAGAGAUAUUGAAGGAAGCGCCACCCCUCAUUGCCAAGUUCGGGUCCUGGGAAAUGACCGAAUUGGCUGCACCAGUACUAGGUGACAACCUCUUCCACCAGGCUGCAAAGGUUGCAAUGGAGUCUGGGGACAACGACAAAAUGGAAUGGCUCGUCGACAAAGCGGAAAUAUUCGGUUUCAGUUUCGAGAUAUUUACCAUCAAGUCGUGCCCAGAUGCUCUGAUAACAGCAAUGGAAACCGAAUACAUAUCGAUGCGCGACUGCUAUAAGCAUGGUGUCUGGAAGCUAUAUGGGUCGCGAGGCGCAAGAGAUUGCAGAUUUGCACUAGAAUGCUGCUUAACAGCACGUGUAUUUGCUGCAACUAACCUCAGCACCGAUCGAGAGGACUUUCUUCUGGACAUUUGUGAUGAAUUGGCCUUGAAAGCUGGCUUACCGGGGGCACGCAAUAAAGCGCAAACUAUGCUUCGACGGGCAUUGGAAUAUCUAACUAAAACGACCUACUCUAUACGGCUUGGCAAAGCAUUGUUGAAAUACGGGGCUGAUGUCAACGCAAGAUUCUACCAUCGUCCUACCCCACUACAAUUCGCUUGCCAACAGUCCUCUUCAGCGGCCGCUGAAUUCGCCAAGUUUCUGCUUUAUGAGGGAGCUGAUACAGAUGCAGAUUGGUUUAAAGGAGAAACUGCUUAUCAGAUGAUCGACCUAGAGGGGGCCAAGAACAUUUCACAGUGGCUUGGCAUGAAUUGGGAGGAUUUAGUUGAAAGGGUCAAGAAAGACAGAGAAGAUGGAAUAUUGUAUCCCGGGUCUUUUCCGACAUCAAAUGAAAGAGAUUGA